CAUUCUCUCAUCUCAUGUUCCCGUCAACCCUGUGGUCUCAUCAGGCUGACUUACAUGCCUGAUACCCCUGAACCCGAGAUCCUAUGACAUGAACUGACCCGAUGCCACACUACUGAAUGUCGUGAGACACCAAAGAUUGUCAGCUAUCCCUUGAUAGAUCUGAGGCAGCGAACAUAGGCUGAUGUUGGAUCAACACAAUACCGUCUCAUGUGUGCUAUAAAAGAGAACUCCCUUGGAUGUAUAUUCAUUGGGGCAUUAUUGUCUCUAGUGUAACUGUUUUGUAUGGAUGUACCUGUGCUCAGACACUCUACUAUUGCUAUCACUACCCCAAAGACAAAAUGGUCACAAAGGUCUUGGUGUUUGUACUGUGGGUCUUAGACACAGCUAAAUCCAUUUCAGAAGCUCAGCAAAUGUGGUUCUACUUUGUACAUAGACAUGCACAGAUCAUUGCCAUCAUCAAAAUGGACAAUGUAUCAUUAGGGGUUGAGCAGAUCUCUGAGUCAAACCCAGGAUUUAGCCAAGUUGUAUCCAAGAAAAGGCACAGCUAUGUCUUCAUUGCUAUCAGUGUGGGUAACAUCUACACCCUGGCUGGACCUCAACUGAAACCUGUUGAAGAUUCUGGCUCUAGCUGUUACUGUUGCAACAAGCAACUGUUCACUGAAACUUCCAUCUUGGAUAUUGUCCAUCAUGAGCAUAGUGCUUCUGCCACAGAACUUGCAGUCAACAUUGUGGUUGACAUCUUCACAACAACAGCACUCUGUUGUGCACUGAGAGAACAGUAUACCCAAUACCAGAGGACCAACAAUGUCAUCACUAGGAUGGUGACUUAUCUUAUGAGUCAUGGCAUUGUACUAUGCAUCAUUCAAGUCAUAACCGCAAGCAUAGAUCUUGGCAUUGAUGUACCUCACAAGACAUAUAUCUCAGAGAUAUUCAGAGCAAUACUUGGUACAGUUUAUGUGAACUCACUACUGGUGCUACUCAACAUGAGAGCCCACAUCAUUGAGAAGACUGCAAGAACAAUCAAUGAACCUGAGCAUUUGGAACUUGGCUUGAAGCCAGGUUGUUCAGUCAGUACAGAAUCUUGUUGAGAUUGCAUGCAAGCUGUCUCUGAACAACAGGUGCUCUGAAUGGCAUACACACACUUGUA